ACAACUCUACCAAACACCUAAACAAAAGAAAACCAACAUGGUCCAGCUCAAAGAAAUUGGAAAGACUGGUGUUAAGGUGCCUGCUAUUGGCUUUGGCUGUAUGAGCUUGAGUGGACCCUAUGGUUCUGCCGAUGAUGAAGAAAGUAUCAAGACAUUGGAGCGUUCUAUUGAAUUAGGAUCCACAUUCUGGGAUACUGCUAAUGUGUACGGAAUCAAGUCUCACAACGAGCGUUUACUGUCCCGUGUAUUAAAGACACAGAGAGACAAGAUUUUCCUGGCUACAAAAUUCGGAUUCAUACGUGAUGAGUCUGGUGCAAUCAGUAGAUUCGAUGGCUCUCCAGAACAUGUCCGUGAAGCGUUCGAUAAGAGUCAGAAGAACCUCGGUGUUGAUGUAGUUGACCUGUACUAUAUGCAUCGAGUUGAUCCUAAAGUCCCAAUUGAAGACAGUGUCAGAGCUAUGGCUGAAUUGGUCAAGGAAGGCCGUGUCCGCUUCCUCGGUUUGUCUGAAUGUUCGGCCGAGACUCUUCGUCGCGCUCACAAGGUGCAUCCUAUUACCGCUGUACAGAUGGAAUACUCUCCCUGGACAUUGAACAUCGAAAAUAAUGGUAUCCUUGCUACUGCCCGUGAGUUGGGAAUUUCAAUUGUUGCCUACUCUCCUUUGGGCCGUGGGUUUAUGACAGGUUCCAUCAGAAGUCUCGAUGAUUUUGAUAAAGAUGAUUUCAGACGUGGUCUGCCUCGUUUCUCUCCCGAGAAUUUUGACAAGAACCUCAAGCUUGUUGAUGACAUUACUGCCCUUGCUACCAAAAAGGGCGUCACACCUGGACAAUACGUUCUGGCCUGGAUUCUGGCCCAAGGCCCAGAGUUUUUUGUAAUCCCUGGUACCAGAAGAGUCAAGAAUCUUGAGGAGAAUGUUAAGGCUGGAGAUGUUGUAUUGACAAGCGAAGAAGUGGCCGAGAUGAGAGAAUUGAUCGAUAAGGCUAAUAUUAUCGGAGAGCGUUAUGCUCCAGCUCAGCUAGCUACCGUUAACAAUUAGAUUACCUAUAUAAAUAAAUGUAUCUUGUUUUACUAUAUAACUAUUAACAUUAAUUGUAUUAAUACUCUUGAUCGUUGCCUUUUCUUUGUAAUAUAAAGUUGAUUGUUUAUACAAUAUAUAUUCCACUUGAAUAAAAGGAUCCAGUUAGAAGAAG